AGAGAGGGAUGGUGGAGUAACAGAGGAAGGAGGGAAGGGGUUGAUUUGAAAAAAGGGGAAUACAAAAUGUUUAUUCUACAACCAAAUAGUUGUUACCAUUAUACACUAUACGACCAAAAGUAUGUGGACACCUGCUCGUCAAACAUCUCAUUCCAAACUCAUGGGCAUUAAUAUGGAGUUGGUCCCCCCCUUUGCUGGUAUAACAGCCUCCACUUUUCUGGGAAGGCUUUCCACUAGAUGUUGGAACGUUUGCUGUGGAGACUUGCUUCCAUUCAGCCACAAGACAAUUAGUGAGGUCGGGCACUGAUGUUGUUGAUUAGUUGGCGUUCCAAUUCAUCCUAAUGGGGUUGAGGUCAGGGCUCUGUGCAGGCCAGUCAAGUUCUUCCAUACCAAUCUCGACAAACCAUUUCUGUAUGCACCUUGCUUUGUGCAUGGGGCGGGGUAUCGUCAUGCUGAUACAGGAAAGGGCCGUUCCCAAACUGUUGCCACACAGUUGGAAGCAUAGUUGUCUAGAAUGUAAUUGUAUGCUGUAGCAUUAAGAUUUCCCUUCACUGGAACUAAGGGGCUUAGCCCGAACCAUGAAAAACAGCCCCAGACUACUAUUCCUCCUCCACCAAACUUUACAGUUGUCACUAUGCAUUCGAACAGGUAGCGUUCUCCUGGCAUCCGCCAAACCCAGAAUCAUUUGUCGGCCUGCCAGAUGAUUAAGCGUGAUUCAUCACUCCAGAGAACGCGUUUCCACUGCUCCAAUGUCAUCGAGCUUUACACUACUCCAGCCAACACUUGGCAUUGCACAUGGUGAUCUUAGGCUUGUGUGCAGCUGCUCAGUCAUGGAAACCUAUUUCAUUAAGCUCCCGAUGAACAGUUAUUUUGCUGAUGUUGCUUCCAGAGGCAGUUUGGAACUCGGUAGUGAGGACAGACCAUUUUUACGCGCUACGUGUUUCAGCGGUCCAGUUUUGUGAGCUUGUGUGGCCUACCACUUAUCGGCUGUGCCGUUGAUGCUUCUAGAUGUUUCCAUUUCACAAUAACAGCACUUACAGUUGACCAGGACAGAAAUUUGACGAGCUGACUUGUUGGAAAGGUGGCAUCCUAUGACCGUGCCACGUCGAAAGUCACUGAGCUCUUCAGUAAGGCCAUUCUACUGCCUAUGUUUGUCUUUGGAGAUGGCAUGGCUGUUUGCUCAAUUUUAUACACCUGUCCGCAAAUGGUGUGGCUGAAAUAGCCAAAUCCACUUAUUUGAAGGGGUGUCCACAUACUUCUUGUCAGCAUACUUCUUGUCCACAGUGCAUUUGAAAACUAUUCAGACUCCUUCCCUUUUUGCCCAUUUUUGUUACGUUACAGCCUUACUCUAAAAUAUAUAUGUUUUUAUUUUUAAAUUAAACUGUUUUUGCUUUGUCAUUAUGGGGUGUUGUGUGUAGAUUGAGGGGGGAAAACAAUUGAAUCCAUUUUAGAAUCGGGCUGUAACGUAACAAAAUGUGGAAAAGGGGAAGGGGUCUGAAUACUUUCCGAAUGUACUAGGGCUGACCCCAGUGCAUUCAAACGUAUUUAGUCGAGCAGGAGCAAAAAUAAAUAUAUAUUCUCUCAUGGUGUACAAGAUAUGUCUGAUUCGCGCUGUUGACUGAUCCAUUGUGGAGGUCGUGGGAAUGGAACAGUCCAGUCUAAGAUGGGCUACUGAAAUUGUAUAUGGUUAUAUUACAAAAGAACAAUGGUGCAACACUAAUAAAAUUAAGAUUAUUUUAUAACAUGCGCUUUCGUUGGAUAGAGUUCGAUGUCCACGGUUCUGAAACACAUCAGUGCGCUGUUGAAUUGGCGCCUAGACCAUGUUGCUUUGUGCAUAAUAGCAAAGUUAACCAGCAUAUUGGUGUUGAGAACAAUGCCGGAGGCAGCUGCAGAGUGAGGAGAUGGUUUGGUAUGAUUUAGAAACUUGGGAACCAAGCUUGAGUUAUCAGUGUGGCCCUAUCACCUUGACAUGUUGAAAUACUGUAUCUUCAAGCCUAGAAUAAAAACCUCCAGGCUUGCGUCAUAACUGUCAAUUCAUUGGGAAGAAAAGAAAGAAUUACAGGGGGCAGUUUGGGAAAAAAAAGAAUCCCAUACGAAUCAUCCUCUGGAAUAACUGACAUUUUUAAGUAAUAAUUCCAUAACCAACGUUCUAGUAAUACUAGUCCUGUGUGAAUAGGUCUUUGGACACGUGCAUGCAAUGCAUACGUGUCACAUAAAGAGCAAGGGUUGAGAGAAUAGAGUUUUUCCUAAACAAAUUAGGAAUUUCGGUAACAGAACUUUUUAGUCAGAAAUGGCCGUAAUUAUAUUGCAUCUUCAGCAACAAGGACAGCGCGAUAAACACUUUGGUCUUUGGUGGUCGCUGCAGCAGGGAGGGGAGCGAGACAACGGGUGCCAGUCUUCUUUUUAUUUUAUUUUUUACAACGCAGCAAGUCUGAGCCCCGCCCAGCACAAUCAAAUCAAUUAAUCAAACCGUAUGCUUAAAGCAUUAGACAAUAUAGUGAAUGUGAAUAUAGUUGAUUUGAUUAACCUGUCUAGCGGAACCCCUCGCCAACAGCCAGUGAGAGUGCAGGGCGCCAAAUUCAAAACAACAAAAAUCUCAUAAUUAAAAUUCCUCAAGCAUACAAGUAUUUUACACAAUUUUAAAGAUAAAAUUCUCGUUAAUCCAACCACAGUGUCUGAUUUCAAAAAGGCUUUACAGCGAAAGCAACACAAAUUAUUAUGUUAGGUCACCACCAAGCCACAGAAAAACACAGCCAUUUUUCUAGCCAAAGAGAGGAGUCACAAAAAGCAGAAAUAGAGAUAAAUGAAUCACUAACCUUUUGAUGAUCUUCAUCAGAUGACACUCAUAGGACUUCAUGUUACACAAUACAUGUAUGUUUGAUAAAGUUCAUAUUUAUAUAAAAAAAUCUGAGUUUACAUUGGAGCGUUACUUUCAGUAGUUCUAAAACAUGCAGUGAUUGUGCAGAGAGCCACAUCAAGAGAGAAAUACUCAUAAUAAAUAUUGAUAAAGAUAUGACUGUUAUACAUGGAACUUUAGAUAAACUUCUCUUAAUGCAACUGCUGUGUCAGAUUUUUUUAACUUUACGGAGAAAGCAAACCAUGCAAUAAUCUGAGUACAGCCUUUAGACAACAAAGUAGCCAAAAAGAUAUCUGCCAUAUUGGGUAGUCAACAUUACUCAGAAAUAGCAUUUUAAAUAUUCACUUACCUUUUUUGAUCUUCAUCAGAAUGCACUCCCAGGAAUCCCAGUUCCACCAUAAAUGUUUGAUUUGUUCGAUAACGUCCAUUUAUGUCCAAAUAGCUUCUUUUGUUAGGGCGUUUGGUACACAAAUCCAAAAGCGGGUUCAGGUCACGUCGAAUGAAAAGUUCAAAAAGUUCCGUUACAACCCGUAGAAACAUGCCAAACUAAGUAUGGAAUCCAUUUUAGGAUGUUUUUAACAUAAAACAUCAAUGUUCCAACCGGAGAAUUCCUUUGUCUAUUGAAAUGCAAUGGAACGAGUGCUCUCUCGUGACCGCGCGUCAUGAGACCAAGGCUCUCUGCCAGACCACUUACUCAAACUGCUUUUAUGAGCCCCUCCUUUAUAGUAGAAUCCUCAUUCAAGUUUCUAAAGGCGGUUGACAUCUAGUGGAAGCCUUAGGAAGUGCAACAUAACCAAUAUCUCGCUGUGUCUGCAAUAGGGGCUCCGUUUUUUUUUUUUAACUACAAGCCUCAGAUUUCCCACUUCCUGGUUGGAUUUGUCUCAGGUUUUCGCCUGCCAUAUGACUUCUGUUAUACUCACAGACCUCAUUCAAACAGUUUUAGAAACUUCAGUGUUUUCUAUCCAAUACUACUAAUAAUAUUCAUAUGUUAGCAUCUGGGACAGAGUAGCAAGCAGUUUACUCUGGGCACCUUAUUCAUCCAAGCUACUCAAUACUGCCCCCAUGUCACCAAGAAGUUAAAACACAUAGGAUGUGUCAAUAUAUGGAAAAAUACACAUUUAAAAAAUAUCAACCAAUCAAUUGGUUGAAAGAACAGACGACUCUUGGUCGACUAAGAUUUAUUUUUUAGUCUGGAACAGCCCUAGAAUGCACUAUGUAGUGUGUAUAUAUGUAGCAGUAGCAUCAAUCUCCAGGAGUUGUAGUCAUUUUCGACAUGACUUGUGGUCAUGUGUUUCACUCAAUACCCAAUUCUGUACUGUCCUAAUGUUAAGCAGAUCAGCUUUUUAUAUCCCAUUUAUACGGCUGUUGGUUUAUCGUUUCCUGUCAUUGACUAAGUAUGAUGUGGUUAUGUAACAGCCGGUGGUUUCACAGGAAGGGCAGGGGACAGUUUUAUCUGCUAGAACAAGAGGAUGGAGGGAGCAGAGCAAAGCCUUUCCCAUUACAUUGUUUACGUGGGUCGUGGGUGAGGGUUGGAUAAAGUAACCAUGGCUCCACUCCACUUCCUUUUCCACAGUUGGGGAAAACGAUCUGUAGAACUUUCACAGAGGACUGGAAUGAGGAGUAGAGAAAAAGGAAUGAAGAGGCAAACAUUGUUCAGUGUCUAGCAGCUGAAAUGGCAUGGCGCUCAGUGAAGGGACAUCUGGAUAUUUGCAAUGAUUGCUCAGGGGGCCCUCAAUUAAAUGCUAGUUAAUACAUUUAAUGGGAUCAUUCCCACAGGUGCUGUUGUUGGGAAGGGCCAGGUUAUGGUCACAUUCAUGACCUUGAUGAAUUACAGCCAAGUAUUCACGUCUAAAUGAAAACUCCACACGUUUUACAUGCAGGGCUAGGAAGUAACCUCCCUCCUUCCCCAUACUACUGAAAUGGUAAAACAGGAUUCUUGUGGCAACUUAUCUCUGAGAAAAUCAGCUGCACAGAGGGACUUGUUUUCAUUAUUAUGAUGACUUGUCUGUAAUCUCAUAUCGAGACUGUAUGAUUAUCUUUUCCAUUUCAGUGGUGACCAUAAUCCCAUUGUGAGGCUUUUUAAAAAGGGUUGUCGCUAAUCCACUUUACCCGCCCCUGGACACGUGCACCUGUCGCCACAGAGACUGAAGCAGGGGCUGUGUUGGUCACCAGGAGACAAGUGUCUUCAGAGGCUGAUUGGUGACAUGCUGCUUGACCUCAGUGACCUCCUGCAGGUAAAUGUUUACGUCCUGGGUAGAACCUUCUUAGUCCUGGCCAGAGAGCUCUGCAUCAAUGCCCCCGCCAUAGACCCCUGCCUGUACAUCCCUCGCUUUGCCCACAUGCUGGAGUUUGGAGAGAAGAACCAUGAGGUGUCCAUGACAGCACUGCGACUGCUGCAGAGGAUGAAAAGGGACUGGAUGCACACGGGACGGAGACCCUCAGGACUGUGUGGCGCAGCCCUGUUGGUCGCUGCUCGCAUGCACGAGUUCCGCCGUACCAUCAAAGAAAUCAUUAGUGUAGUGAAGGUGUGCGAGGCCACACUACGAAAGAGAUUGAAUGAGUUUGAGGACACGCCCACCAGCCAGCUGACCAUUGAGGAAUUUAUGAAAGUGGAUCUUGACCAGGAGUGUGACCCGCCCUCUUUCAUCGCUGGCCAGAGGAAGAAAAGAAUGAAGCUGCUUGAGGAAGAAUUGGAGAAGAAGAUUGAUGAUGUUCAAGGUGAAAUCCAUGAGUACCAAGAUGAGAUUGAGAUGGAGCUGGAGCAGAGCCGGCCCAAGUUGAGAGGGAUGUACGCCUCCUGUGCAAAAUCCGGCCCCCAGGAGGAAGAGGACGAUGAAAUAUCUCUUCCUGAUGGGGAGGAGAGGGAGGACGAGGAGCUAAAGGCUGUGGCCCAGCACCUCAAUAAGGAGCUGUGUGACCAGGUGAUCUCUGGAGAGGAGGAUGGAGAGGGGCAGGAGGAGAGACCUCCACGCAGAGGCCCAUCACUGGCCUCCCUCCUGGGGCCCAUGCCCACCGCAGCCAGCCUCGGCCUCCCAGAGUCUAUCAGCAAGUGCAUCGGAGAGGAGAAGGAGAACGAUGAGGAUGCUGAAAAUGGAGAGCUGGACUUGAGUGGUAUUGAUGAUGAUGAGAUUGAGCUGUAUCUCCUGAAUGACAAAGAGGUGAAAAUCAAGACUGAGCUUUGGCUGAAACAGAAUGAAGACUACUUGAAAGAGCAGAAAGAAAAGGAAGAGAGGAUAGCGAAAGAGAAGGAGCUGGGGAUUUACAAGGACAAGAAGCCCAAGACCUCCAAGAAGCGGGCUCCGAUCCAUGCCAGCACAGCCGACGAGGCCAUAGAGAAGAUGCUGGAGCAGAAGAAGAUCUCCACUAAGAUCAACUACGAUAUCCUGAAGGAGCUGAAUGUCAAGCCAUGCGCCAGUCCAGCCCGCCAGACAGCAGAGUCUCCGAAAGGAGCCACCCCUGGAGCCCAGAGGCUGACUGGACGAUACCGCAAACCCACCAAUGUCCCUCUGAGCCUGGGCACACCCCUCAGCAGCCUGGGCAAGAGGUUACGGCCCUUCAUAUCAGGACUCCCCCCUAAGAAGCUGGCUCUAGACAAGAUAGCCAUCCCCCUGCCAGUGGCCUCUGAGGUGUCGCCCCACUCUGUGCUGGUCGAGAGUGGGCCUGUGGUCUAUGACGAUGUGGCAGAUGAGGAAGAGGAGGAUGAGGAGGAGCCCUGCGUCAGCGCCAUGGAGCUGCUGGGAGGCAACGAGUAUGGAUGUGAUGAUGAUGAUGGUUUCUAGCACUACUGGGUUUGGCCUGUUUGUCUGGACCGUUGUGCUACUCCAACCCCCUGUCCCAUUUGGAGAGAGUGACUCAUUGAUUGAGACGGCGGAGACAGCUUUCAUGCUCGCAGAAUGGUGAAGAGGAUGGAGAUGAUGACAGGAUCCAUUUCUUCUCAGGAUAUCUCCUUUAUCUAGGAAAGAGAUUAUGGGUAGUAUUGAGCUGGAUCGAACGAAGAGACUAACCGCAAUGUCUCGUCCUACAUUUCACGUCACUCAAGUAUACACUACCAUUCAAAAGUUUGGUCACUUCGAAAUGUCCUUGUUUUUGAAAAAAAAACACCUUUUUUCCCCAUUAAAAUAACAUUAAAUUGAUCAGAAAUACAGUGUAGGCAUUAUUGUUGUAAAUGACUAUUGUAGAUAGUGGCCCCAAACUUUUGAACGGUAGUGUAUGUUGACUUUGCCUUAGCUUGUUUAACCCCCCCCCCCCCCCCCCCAUCAUGGAUAAGUAUGUCUGUAAUUACAUGAAAGUGAAGUACACUACCUAAUGUGUUGGGAACAGUCAUAACAGAUAGGUAUUAGUCCAAUCAGUAUUUCAAAAAUCAUGUAUGAAAGAAGCUGUAUGCAAGCUUGCGUCUGAAGCCAAAGUAUUGCUAUAAUCAUGCCUUGAAUAUGUAAAAUCAUAUGGAGUAUGUUUCAGUUUAAAUGCUGAUGUUAAUCGAGGUGAUGAAGUUGCAUUCAGCCAAUGAAGUCUUGAAACCUGUAUUAUAGGAUUAGGUCAAUUUGAACUGGUAGCAUUUUGAUUUGGUUUUGGAUUUCUUUUUCAACAGCUGCUAUUUAUUUAAUGUGGUAUGAUUUCUCAUUAUUUGUUUUAUGGAGAAGAAUUCUGCGAACUAUUUUGGACUGGAUAAUCACUAAAGUGUUAAAGCUGGAAUCCAUAGCGGUGAUACUGCCACGUCCGUUUGGGGUAUUACAACAACAAAGACAUUACGUCAAACAACACUUCUUUUGUUCUCGUAAAUCAUUGCACGUGCGAUAGAACAGCAUAGUAUGUACUACGAUUUGUUUUCUUUUUUCUACCAUGAUGCAGGAUUGCUUGUUGCGCCUACCGCACAUCUCAGCUUUAAUUAAUUGUACAAAAAGCUGCCAAAUAUAUUCAUUGUUGAUGAUAAACUAUGCAAUGUUAUCCAUUCCAAAUGAAUGACAUUGCGUUAUGGAUUUAUUUUGUAAAUGCGCUUUUAGAAUUUUAUUUGGAAAAUGUUGACUGGGAGGAUCACUGGUGGUUUGUUCACUGUGCUGAAACAACUGUAUUUAAGGAGAAGUUAGGAUGUGGCUAAUGUUCACAGCCUCUCCUUCCACGUUGCUGCUACUGUAUAUAGACGGGUUGGUUGAUUAGCAACAAAACCGACGCGUGCAAAACUAUGGGGAAAAACAAGGUUGGCUUAGAUUGUUGACAAACUAUAUUUUGUCUACAGUGUUAUUGAAAACAUAAAUACAUUUGCACAAUGAUCACUACGUCGUUGGUUAGCUAGCUAGCACAUUUUUGGCCAUAUUAGCAUAGAUGUGACAUCAGUGAAAACCUAAAAACAAGACAUGGUAUCAAUAAUGAAAUCUAACUAGCUGAACAAGCCACCGACAGUUCCCCACAUGGCAGUUUCUUGUCAUUGUUGCUAGCUAUCUGGCCAUCCAGAAUCACAACAGACUUCUGCCCCAUUUUGAAGUGUGCACAUCCUUUUUGUGACGUCAACUAACCCGUCUGUUGAAGGUUACUUGUUUUGCAUUGACUGUCUCAGUAAAGCUCCUACCAACAGGAAA